GGGUGAAAUCCGAACACGCUCAUCUCGGAGGGAGUGCCCGUCGUUUGAACGGCGGCCGCACCGGAUGAGCACCCUACCCUUCCUCCUCUCGGCCGGGCUGGUGUGUCUUCCUUCCGGUUUGCCGAAGAAAGUUGAGGGAGGUUCAGCGGCAACUGGGCUUUUACAUAAUGGACAGCCAGGGAAGGAAAGUGGUGGUCUGUGACAAUGGGACCGGGUUUGUCAAGUGCGGCUAUGCAGGCUCCAAUUUCCCAGAGCACAUCUUCCCUGCGCUUGUUGGGAGGCCCAUCAUUCGCUCGACAGCCAAAGUGGGAAACAUUGAGAUCAAGGACCUGAUGGUGGGGGAUGAAGCCAGCGAGCUGCGCUCAAUGCUGGAGGUCAACUACCCCAUGGAGAACGGCAUCGUCAGGAACUGGGAUGACAUGAAGCACCUGUGGGACUACACCUUCGGCCCAGAGAAGCUCAACAUCGAUUCCCGCAACUGCAAGAUCCUGCUGACCGAGCCCCCCAUGAACCCCACCAAGAACCGCGAGAAAAUCAUCGAGGUGAUGUUUGAGACCUACCAGUUUGCAGGAGUCUACAUCGCUAUUCAAGCUGUGCUGACGCUGUAUGCCCAAGGCCUUCUGACUGGCGUGGUGGUGGACUCAGGUGACGGUGUGACACACAUCUGUCCGGUGUAUGAGGGCUUCAGCCUGCCCCACCUGACGAGGCGCCUGGACAUCGCAGGCAGGGACAUCACCCGCUACCUCAUCAAGUUGUUGUUGUUGAGGGGUUAUGCCUUCAACCACUCCGCAGACUUCGAGACGGUGCGCAUGAUGAAGGAGAAGCUGUGCUACGUGGGCUACAACAUCGAGCAGGAGCAGAAGCUGGCGCUGGAGACCACCGUGCUGGUGGAAUCGUACACGCUGCCAGACGGUCGCGUGAUCAAGGUGGGAGGAGAGCGGUUUGAGGCCCCCGAGGCUCUGUUCCAGCCCCACCUCAUCAACGUGGAGGGUGUCGGAGUGGCCGAGCUCCUCUUCAACACCAUCCAGGCGGCCGACAUAGACACCAGGCCUGAGUUCUACAAACACAUCGUGUUAUCAGGAGGCUCCACCAUGUACCCGGGCCUGCCGUCUCGGCUGGAGAGGGAACUCAAGCAGCUGUACCUGGAGCGUGUGCUCAAGGGAGAUGUGGACAAGCUUUCGGCGUGA